AUACUAGUCUUCUGCAAGAUUUGAAAUUUUCAAUGCCAUGUAUAAUAAUUAUUAAUUACUAUUAUAAAUUAUAAUAUGCACAGUACGACAGAGUAUUAUAUAGCCAGGUGUAACAAUUAGUGAUCAUUUCGUUUAACUGUUUAAAGUGAUAAAGUAUAGGCACGAUACACACGUAUUUUAUCCAUAUAUUAUACCUAAAUACCUUAUAUACAACUUGUCAACUUCCGACACACUGCAUGUUUAAAAGAUCGCAAAUUUUUCAAAGUCACACGAAACACACAUAAUGUACGACUACACUCUUUUGGUUGAAUUGUACAAAAAAGAAAAAAAAUUUCAAAAAGUUUACACAACGUUUCGACCUAACUUAAAAGCAUCACCUGUAACAGGAAAAUUUUAUGCUCGCCACGAAGCAAAUGUCAAUCAAGGUGAACCAAACGAUCACUACAUAAAACUUUUGGCACAAGCUAAAUCUUUAGGGCCAAAGAACAAAUUUCCUUCUCCAAAAACUGAAAGUCAAAGGUAUGGGUGGUACAAUAAAACUUUCAUUCCACGAAAAGAAGAUAUUUUGAUGUUUCCACAUGUAGAAGCUCCCGAAAUUAAAUUAGAUAUUAUACUAAAGCAGAAUUAUAAAAAUGAAGUACCAUUUAGUGGAAUACCUUUUAAAUUAUAAUAAAACUAUAAAACAAAAUAAAUUAUAAAAUCAUAGAAUAAAA